GAUGACAGAGGGGAGGUACUGUUGGACAACCAGACAGUGUUUUGAAAAAGAGACACGCUCUUAGGUUAAAUUUUCAACAUUAGUUUCCUCAAUGGCUCGUCCAAAAUACGAUUUAAUCAAAACUAUUGAAGAUGACGAAGAGGUCACUGAUCUUUCAGAACCAUCUGAUGACGAGGAAAGUUUUCAGCCCACCAAGCAGAAAGUAAAGAGGAAAGCUGAUUUUAGCACUGACUUCCAAUUUGUGUCAAGUGUCAAGGAGUACAAUGCGAAUGCCUGGGAUGAUCUCACGAAGUACAUUAACCGCAAGGCCAAAAAUAAGGUGGAUGACAAGAUUGAUGCUGCCAGAAAAGAUCGCCUUAAAAAAAAUAAAGAGUUGAAGGACCAAAAGAAGAAACAAAAUGGUACCUCACAAGACUCAGAUGAAGAUGAUAGUGAGAAUGAUGAUGCAGCAUCAGAUGAUAACAGUGAUAUUGUUCUUUCUGAUGAUGAAUUACAAAAAGAUGACAUAAAGGUCAAAGACCGCAGUGUCAAGAGGGCUGAGGUUUUGCGACGUCAAGGGAAAGGUACUGGUGUGCUCAAGGUCGAGGCUGAAGAGCCUGAUCCAGAGGAUGACUUUUUUGAAGAUGCUCCACCUUUUGAUGAAAGUACAACCUUCAAUCAAAUGAAUCUUUCUAGGCCGUUAUUAAAAGCAAUUGCUGCUAUGAAUUUUGUCCACCCUACACCUAUUCAAGCUGCAACUAUUCCUAUGGCUCUACAGGGCCGUGAUAUUUGUGGCUGUGCUGCAACAGGUACAGGUAAAACAGCAGCAUAUAUGCUUCCAGUUCUAGAACGAUUGCUUUACAGGCCCAAUCAGGGAGCAACCACUACAAGAGUUUUAGUGUUGGUUCCUACCCGUGAAUUGGGUGUGCAGGUCUAUCAAGUCACCAAACAAUUGGCCCAGUUCACUUCUAUUGAAGUUGGAUUGUCGGUAGGAGGUCUAGAUGUUAAGACUCAAGAAACUGUGCUCCGCAAGAAUCCUGACAUUGUAAUUGCUACACCAGGAAGACUUAUUGAUCAUAUCAGAAACACCCCUUCAUUUUCUCUGGAUUCCAUUGAGGUCCUCAUUCUAGAUGAAGCUGACAGAAUGUUGGAUGAAAACUUUUCUGAGCAAAUGAAAGAGAUUGUUAAACAAACAGCUCGCACUCGUCAAACAAUGCUGUUUUCUGCAACCAUGACAGACCAAGUUGAAGAUUUGGCUUCUGUCUCACUUUCUAAGCCAGUUAGAAUAUUUGUGGACAACAAUUCUCAAGUAGCAUUUAAUUUGAGACAGGAAUUCAUCAGAAUUAGACGUGAAAAUGAAGGAGAUAGGGAAGCCAUUUUAGCUGCCUUGGUUUGCCGAACCUUUAGAGAUCACACAAUGGUCUUUGUUACCACUAAAAGACAAGCUCACCGAGUUCGACUUCUACUUGGAUUGCUAGGAAUUAAGGUUGGUGAACUCCAUGGAGAUUUAACACAACCACAGCGUUUGGAAGCCUUACGUAAAUUUAAAGAUGAACAGCUUGAUGUUCUAGUCGCCACUGAUGUUGCAGCCCGUGGUUUAGACAUCCGAGGUGUUAAAUCUGUCAUUAAUUUUACCAUGCCAGCAGCAUUAGAGCAUUACAUUCACAGAGUUGGACGUACUGCUCGAGCUGGUAGAAGUGGUAUAUCUGUUUCUUUAGCAGGAGAAAGAGAACGUAGAGUAGUUAGAGAGGUUAUUAAGAAUGCCACAAAUCCUGUCAAAAGUAGAAUUAUCCCUCCAGAGAUUAUUUCUAAAUAUCGAGAGAAAUGUGAGGUUCUUAAAGAGGAUAUUAAAAAUAUUAUGGAAGAAGAAUUUCAAGAGCGCCAGCUGAAUAAAUUAGAGAAUCAAGCUAACCGUGCAGAAAAAAUGUUGAAGGGGGAGAAAUCAGAGAAGAGGGAUUGGUUCCAAUCAAGAAAAGAGAGAGAAGAAGAGAAAGAUCGUUUGAGACUUACUGAAAAGCCAAGCAAAGAGAAAAAAGCCAAACCCUCUAAAGGAGAGAAAAAAAAUCCAAAGGAUGAGAAGACUAAGGAUAAAAAGAAGAGCAAGAAGAAAAAUGUCAUGAAUGAUGAUACUCCUGAGGGACGGGCUGCUAAAGAAUUGGAUAAGGCGGCUCUUCUUCAAGCAAGAUUAGCAAAACGCAAGACCAAGCAGAAGAAGAUGAGUACAGUUUAUGACAAAGCAUCUACCCAAUCAGAAAAUGCAGCAUCUCGUAAAAGAAAAAUGUCAUCAUUUAGCACUGACCUCACUGACACCAGCAUAAAGGGAGUGAAAAGGAUAAGAUAUGAAGCAAAUACUAAGAAGAAAAUGGACGAAAUUCAAAAGAGGAAGAGCUCUGGUGUCAAUAAGAAUACAAAAACAUUUAAUAAAAAGAUGUCAAAACUCAAAAAAAAUGAAAAGGGCGGGAAAAAUGUUGGGUCAAAGAAAAGGAGAUAAUUUUAUACUAAAUAGCAAUGAAUUUAAAGCCUGAUUGGAUUAACUGUUUGCCUUUAUUUCCCAAUUUCUUGUGAAUGUCUAUUCCUCUGUGGUAUUGUUUCAUGCACAGCUUAUCAAGAUUAAAUUACCAAACAAUUUA